AUGUUAGAGGCACGUUUAGAGCAGGCUAGCAUUCUCAAGAAGGUUGUCGAUGCGAUCAAGGACCUGGUCCAAGAUUGCAACUUCGACUGCAAUGACUCCGGCAUCGCCUUGCAAGCCAUGGACAACUCGCACGUCGCUCUGGUGUCCAUGAUGCUAAAGGCCGAGACCUUCUCGCCGUACCGCUGCGACCGCAACAUCGCCCUGGGCGUCAACCUGACGUCGCUGACCAAGGUGCUGCGCGCGGCGCAGAACGAGGACAUCCUGACCGUCAAGGCGGAGGAUGCACCCGACACUCUGAACCUUAGCUUCGAGAGCUCCGAGAACGAUCGCAUCAGCGAGUACGACCUGAAGCUCAUGGACAUUGACCAGGAGCACCUGGGUAUCCCCGACACGGACUACGCCGCCACCGUGACCAUGCCCAGCGCGGAGUUUCGCCGCAUCUGUACCGAUUUAUUGGCCAUGUCGGAUUCUGUCACUAUCGAUGCUACCAAGGACGGGAUCAAGUUCUCCUGCAAUGGUGACAUUGGCAGCGGCGCCGUAACGCUUCGCAGCCACACCAACGUAGAGAAGCCGGCCGAGAACAUCGAGAUUGAGUUGACGGAGCCCGUGAGCUUGACUUUCUCGCUCAAGUACCUAGUCAACUUCUGCAAAGCCUCGGCCUUGUCCGGCCAGGUGAAGAUCUGCCUGUCUGCAGAGGUUCCCCUCCUGGUCGAGUACAACCUUUCCGGCAGCAGCUACUUGCGAUUUUACCUGGCGCCAAAGGCAUCACAGGAAUGUGGGCAACAAAAUCGCCGUAUUUACCAUGCAGUCGCUGGGCUGUGAGGUUGCGGCUUUGAAUACGGUGCAGUUCAGCAAUCACACGGGCUACAGGCAAUUCAAGGGUACAAGAGUCUCUGCGAGUGAGAUAUUGGACCUUUGGGAGGGGCUGAAGCAGUCGCACCUCGGCGAUUUUGACAUGAUGCUCUCGGGUUACAUACCCGGUGCAGAAGCCGUAGAGGCUGUGGGGAAGAUCGCCCGGGAACUUAAUGCCAAGGGGAGCAAAGACUUCUUUUGGGUCUUGGAUCCCGUCAUGGGUGACAAUGGGAAUCUCUAUGUGGCGCAGGAUGUCGUGCCGGCAUACAAGGGCCUUGUCGAGUACGCCGAUCUUAUUCUCCCGAAUCAGUUUGAGGCCGAGGUCCUUUCCGAGGUCAACAUCGUCGACCUGCCGUCCCUCACCAAGGCAGUCGAGGUCCUCCACACCCGGUUCGGCGUCCCCCAUAUCGUCAUCACCUCGGUCACGCUGCCGCACCCAGACCACCCUACCAAGACCAUGUGGGUGGUGGGAUCGACCAGGACGUCGUCAGGGAAGCCGCGGCUCUUCAAAAUCGUCUUCCCGGCCAUCGACUGCUACUUCAGCGGGACGGGUGAUAUGUUCGCGGCGCUGAUGGUGGCACGCAUGCGCCAGGCCGUCUUUGGCAGCCCCGAUCACGAAAAGCUCAAGACGCAAAAGUCGUGGGUCAGCGACGACGCGGUAGAGGUGUCGGAGUUGCCGUUGGCUAAGGCAGCUGAGAAGGUGCUCGCUACGAUGCAUGAGAUCCUGACCAAGACGUCGGCGAGUAUGGAAGUCGACAUGGCCAAAGUUAAGGCUGCAUUGGGCUCCGAACCAGCAACAGAUGCCGAGGCAGCCGAGUACAAGAGGAAGAUGCACUUGCACAAGUCUAAAGCUGCCGAGCUGAGGCUGGUCCGAAAUCUGGACUCGUUGCGGUUCCCCAAGGUGGAGCUCCGGGCGGUACCGAUGUAG